AUGGUUUUAAGCAUAACCUCUCAUGCCCUUGAGUCGCUGACUCCAGGCCGUAUCGCUGCGGCAGUCAUUGUCCUCACGGUCAGCACUUUCAUCGCCGACUUCACGUGGAAACCCCGCUACACCAGAUCUCUACCCCGCGUCGGCUGCGGCGGUGGCCUCCUCGGUACCCUCCAGAAUUGGUUCUACUAUGUCUCGCGCUACAACUCUUGGGUCGCCGAGGGCUAUGAGAACUACUCGAAACAUGACCGCGCCUUCGUUGUACCCUCGGCCCCGAGUCGCCCGCAAGAAAUCGUCGUUCCCCGGUCCCAGACAGCCUGGAUGCUCGAGCUUCCCGACCGCGUUCUUUCCGCUAAGGAAGCCCACCGGGAUACCCUGUACAACGAUUACCAGUUCUUUGGUGACGACGACGAGUUCCCAAUCCAAACAAUUCACAAGCACCUGGCUCGCAAUCUUGCCGGCCUCAUACCCGGCACGCAAGAGGAAGUUCAUGGGGCAAUAGACGCCACACUUGGAACUGAUACCGAGAAUUGGAAGUCUGUGAAUCUCUGGGAGGCCUGGCUGGGUAUCGUCCCACGGGUGACAAACCGAAUCAUCGUCGGCGCCCCCCUGUGCCGAAACCAAGAAUUUCUCAACAGUCAAGUCGCAUUCGCCGACGACGUUGUCCGCAACAGCUUUUUCUUGGACAUGUUCCCUCGCAUAUUCCAGCCGCUCGUCGCCCCAUUCUUCAUCUUCGCAAACUGGUGGCACUGGCGAAAAUCGUACCUCAACGCCAAGCCCGUCAUCGAGCAGCGCCUCAACGACAUGGCGCGCAAGGCCUCGGGCGUUGAGCCGGCCUACGAGCCCCCAGAAGACAUGAUCACCUGGCUGAUCCGGCAGGCCAAAACCGAGGGCCUCGACGCCGAACUCAACGCAGAGAUGAUCUCCAAGCGCAUCCUCCCGGUCGAGUUCGCCGCCAUCCACACGACCGUCAUGACAGGCUUCAACCUGAUUCUCGAUCUUGUCUCCUCGGACCCCUCCUUAAGGUACCUCGAAACCAUCCGCGAAGAGACGGCGCGCGUCUUUGCCGAAGAAUUUGGCGCCUGGACCAAAAACGGCCUGGCCCGCCUCCACCGCACCGACAGCGCCAUCAAGGAGAGCAUGCGACUAAGCCACUUUGCCAGGGCGCUCACCCACCGAAAGGUGGUCGCGCCCGAGGGCCUGACUAAUACAGUCGAGGGGUGGCAUGCGCCGUAUGGUGCGUUUUUGAUGCUGGAUCUUGCGGGAACGCAUCACGAUCCCGAGCUGUACGAGGAGCCGGAUAAGUACGAUGCCUGGCGGUUCUCGCGCCAGCGGGAGAAGUAUGAGGCCAGGCCGUCGACGGAGAAGACGAAUGCCGAGGAGGCCAUGAGGAUCAAGCGGUUGGGUAUGGUUACCACGAGUGCCGAGUACUUGCCGUUCAGUCACGGGAGGCAUGCAUGCCCCGGGCGGUUCUUUGUCGCACAUGAGCUCAAGAUGAUUUUGGCAUAUCUGCUGCGGAACUACGAGAUCAAAUCGUUGCCUGAGAGGCCGAAGGGGAUGUGGCUUGGGUCGACCAUCAUACCGCCGGUGCAGGUCAAAAUCGAGAUUAGGAGGCGGAAGGGUGCGCUGUAG